GGAGUGAGGGGCGGAGGACACUGAAUGGAGGCCAGUGGAGGGAUUGGCAGGGAGGGGUGGAGGACACUGAGUGGAGGCCAGUGGAGGGAUUGGCAGAGGGGGGUGGAGGACACUGAGUGGAGGCCAGUGGAGGGAUUGGCAGGGAGGGGUGGAGGACACAGAAUGGAGGAUAAUGGAGGGAUUGGCAGAGAGGUGUGGAGGACACUGAAUGGAGGUCAGUGGAGGGAUUGGCAGAGAGGGGUGAAGUACACUGAAUGGAGGCUAUUGGAGGGAUUGACAGAGAGGACUGGAGGACACUGAGUGGAGGCAAGUGGAGGGAUUGGCAUAGAGGGUUGGAGGACACUGAAUGGAGGCCAGUGAAGGGAUUGGCAGAGAAGGGUGGAGGAUACUGAAUGGAGGCCAG